AUGAAGUUGAAGCGCCUGAAAACAGUAGCCUUUCACGAAAUAACCCCCGAAUACCCCGACACUGCAUACCAGAACACCUACUAUCACCAAGAUGAAUACAACCCUAACCCUUACGACUACAACUACGACAUGAGAAUGAUGCCCACCAGGCAGUUGACGUUUAAUGGAGAUAAUUACAUGACCAACCAGUUGAGGGAUGUGGACGACGAUGGAGAUCUUGAUCCGUUUGGAGACGAAGAAUCGCUUUUCCUGGAGAUGUCCAACGAGGUGAACCGACAAAAGAGUAUCCGAGUUAAGGCUGGAGACUUGUUAGACGAGGACGAGGAUGAUUUGGACGACUAUAAGCCCAAGUUGAACUACAGUAAAACCCUCAAAAGAGCCCGUCUUGUCAACGGUAACUACGUGGUAGAUUGUCUGGUGCCCAAGACGUUAUUGGAAACUUACGGAAAGAAAAUCACCGAUGGUGGAAAGGAAAUGUCACUCUUGCGAUACAGUGCUUGUACGUGCGGACCUUCGAACUUCAGUGCAUUCAAGUACUCCUUACGGCAGGACAUGUAUACCCCCAAGAGAGACACCGAAAUCAUGUGUGUAAUUACGAUGUACAACGAAGAUGAGAUCUUAUUGGCCCGUACCUUGAAGGGGGUGUUUAACAACAUCAGCAACUUGACCAAUAGAAACCACCCCGACUGGGGUGAGGAUUCUUGGAAGAAGGUGGUGAUCACCAUCGUCACCGAUGGACGGCUGGCUCUUAACGAGCGGACUGAGAAGUUGUUGCUGGCAUUGGGGAUUUACCAGGAUACCUACGCCAAGUCCAAAAUCAACAACAAGUCGGUGAAGGCCCACGUGUUUGAGUACACGUCAACGGUGGGAAUUGAAACCAUCAACGAGAACAGAAUCCACUUGACCGUCAAUGACAAUCCGGUGCAGUUUAUCUUCUGUUUAAAGGAGAAGAACUUGAGGAAAAUCAAUAGUCAUCGGUGGUGUUUCCAGGCGUUCGCACCCAUCUUGCAGCCAAAGGUGGUGAUGCUUUUGGACUGUGGGACCGUUCCUCAAAAGGAUGCUUUCUUCCACUUGUGGAGAUCCUUCAACGAUCCGAACGUGGCGGGAGCAUGUGGAGAGAUGAAAACCGGGUUGGGACCAAACAAACUGCUUUUGUUGAAUCCAUUGGUGGCGGCACAGAACUUUGAGUACAAGAUCUCCAACGUGCUAGACAAGCCGAUGGAAUCUGUGUUUGGGUUUAUUUCGGUAUUACCAGGAGCUUUUUCGGCGUACCGGUACGAAGCAUUGUUGAACGUCAACGGAAAAGGGCCUUUGGAGAAGUAUUUUAAAGGGGAGUUUUUGCACCACAGCAACAAGAUUGAUGAAAACGACGAUGAUGAUGAAAAGGAGUUGAAAGAGAAGAGCUAUAGAGAAGUGGGUAUUUUUACCAGCAACAUGUACUUGGCCGAAGAUAGAAUUUUGUGUUUCGAGUUGGUGGCCAAGAAAGGAUGCAACUAUAUUUUGAGAUACGUGAACGAAGCUAAGGCCGAAACCGAUGUUCCUGAGACCAUUGAAGACUUUGUGUUGCAAAGAAGAAGAUGGUUGAAUGGUUCGUUGUUUGCAGCGUGCUACUCGAUUUUCCAUUGGACCAAGAUAUGGAAGAGUCAGCAUCUGUUGUUGCGGAAGCUCGUGUUACAGGUGGAAUUCUACUACCAGUUGGUGACUAUUUUGGUGUCGUGGUUUUCGCUUGCGAGUUUCUUUCUUGUGUUUGACAUCUUGACGUCGAACUUGGGUUCUAAGACCAUUGACUUUGAGGUGGGCAAGUACUUGUCAAUAGUGGCCUUAUGGCUCUACGUGGUGGCGAUCAUUUGUACGUUUGUGUUAGGGUUUGGAAAUACUCCGAGAGGAACGAAAAAGUUCUACCUCGCCAUUAGCAUUACAUUUGCGGUGUUGAUGCUAUACAUGCUUUUCGCAGCCGUUUAUUUGGCGGUGAGCACGGUGAAUUCGAUCUUGAAAAACAAUCACUUCACGGCCCUCAUGCUUGUUUCCAACGAGAAGUUUAGGGACUUGGUGAUCUCCAUGGCCAGUACAUACGUCUUGUACUUUGUGGCGGCAUUGAUAUAUGGGGAACCCAGUUUUAUGGCCACCUCAUUUUUACAGUACUUGCUUCUUUCACCCACUUAUGUGAAUGUGUUGAACAUUUACUCCUUCUGCAACAUCAACGACAUAUCGUGGGGUACCCGAAGCGACCCCCAGGCUCGGGAUCUUGGCCAGGCCAAAAGCACCGGUGAAAAAGAUGGCGAUGUGUUGAUGAUGGUAAGCGGUGGAGAUGAGCUCGAAGUAAAUGACAAGUAUAUGAACACGCUUGAGGAGUUACGGGUGGUACCUGAUAAGGUAGAGAAGAUCAACGCCAGAAAGGAUAAAGAUGACAACUACUACGCGUUGAUUAGGACCAUCACCGUGUUGGUGUGGGUAUUCUCCAACUUGAUUUUAAUUGCCAUUGUGUUGGAAAUUGGAGGCAUGAGCCAGGUCAUGCAGGUGACAAGCUACACAAUGAUCAGCAACAACUCAGAGGUAUUUUUAUCGAUCAUUCUUUGGUUGGUUGCGGGUUUGGCGUUGUAUCGGUUUAUAGGAAGUGUGUUAUUUUUGGUGUUCAAGGUGUUUCGGCCCUUGAAGUGGAAGAUCCGGGGGAGGGGGUAG